UGUUAGCUGUUGGCUGUUUUGGGGUCAUCCGCCAUCGCCUGCUGCCCGUCGCAUUUUUCGUCAUGGACAGACAUUGCGACACGCGCAAAGCUUCACCCUACCAGCAGCAAAUGGCCGUAUUCCAGGCGCGCAACGUCUCAUCGAGCAAAAUCGGCACGGCCAUUCUUGUUGCAAAUGCGCGCAGCGACCGGCAGCUGGAGGAGAAGAUUAGGUCGCUGGAGAAGGUAAAAGAUAUGGAGAUGAGGAGGCUCAACUGGGAGCAGAAUCAGUUGAGGCGAAGUCCCAAUUUGCGGCGACAUGAGAUGGGAAGUCGAUGCAGCUUGGAUUCUAGAAGUGCGACUCGUCUUGAUGCAAUUGCUACCCCAACAUUACAUCGAAGACGUGAAACAUUUCACGUCGAGCCUCACAGUAUCACUUGCCUGUCACAUCACAGCCCAGAACUCAGUUACUCACGUCGGGUAAGAUCUAAUCCAUCAAAGCGGCCGGACACACCACGACCAAGAGCACUCAAUGUGUUACUCCCAGACUUGGGACUUCGUUCAAUGCCCAACUUGACGGGCAUUGAUGAGGUCGAAGAUGUAAUUUUAUCACCAACGACGCCCCAGGCACUUCCAAAGAAGCUAAGAGAAAAAAGAAACUCACAAAUGACACUUGCAGCUCAUAGACAAGAAAACAGUCUGAAGUCGAAAUCUGGCAGCAGUCUCUAUCAUCUAGAAUCGCCCACAAGUCAACCAAACCAUUUCAGUGAGCGUUUCAAGCAUCAUACGUUGCCCAGUCUAAAUUCGUCGUCACUGGUGGUGCAGCAUAACAAGCCACUGUCGAGGUCUUGGGCACAACUAAGUCGCACAGAAAACAGCAGCUAG